AGUAACCUGGGGGAAUUAAAACCUCCUACGGCACAGUGAGCCUCAUUCGGGGCUCGCUGUCCUGUACCACCCGGAGCUAGGUCGCGUGCUGUGAAGAAGGAUCCAGAACCAGCACUGCACUGUAGCGGGGAUAAGACUGAGCCCGGGGGUAGUUCACCAAAAUGAUGGUCCAACACUCAGGCCAGGUAUCUGCAUUAGAAGUCAGCGCCUCCGCAAUUGUUCCCACUUUGUCCCCUGCAGGGUCACUGGGGUUUGAUGAUUUCACAAAUUUAACCCCACUGGUGAAAGAGGAACUGAGAUUCGCCAUCCAAAAUAAACGUCAGUCCCACAGAAUGUCUUCCACAUUGGAUACGGUGACUGUUUCUGAAAGGCCAAUUGAAACAUCAGUCAUGAAAACAGAGUUUUCUCCUGAAGAGGAUGAAAGGAAAAAGCGAAGAAGGGAAAGGAACAAAAUUGCUGCUGCAAAGUGCCGAAACAAAAAGAAGGAAAAAACAGAAUGUUUGCAGAAAGAAUCAGAAAAGCUGGAAACUAUCAAUGCGGAAUUAAAAGCCCAGAUUGAAGAGCUAAAGAAUGAGAAGCAGCAUUUGAUAUACAUGCUAAAUCUUCACAGACCCACUUGUAUAGUUCGGGCGCAAAAUGGAAGGACACCUGAAGAUGAAAGGAAUCUUUUUAUUCAACAGAUCAAAGAAGGAACAUUACAAGGUUAAGUGAUAUGGCAAAGAUGGAAAUAUGUAGUAUGUUUUUAACAGCUACCAGAAUCCACGGAGGAUCUGACUUAAUGUGUAGGAUUCUAUUAGUCAAGAGCCUUUAGGAAGGGCAGAUUGCUUUCUUGAGUGGAAAGGAUCGUUUUGGCUUGACAGUGGUUCUUCCCCUUGGAAGAUAUGGUCUCAGUGAAACUGAAGAGCCUUCUGCCUCAAAUAUAGGUUUUGCACCUGUCAUACUUGCUGUUCCUAGGAGCUACAGACAACAGCUUCAGAAGAUUUAGCUCUCUGCUAGUAUACAGUAUCUACACUCACGACGUUUGUGCUAGGACACUAUGACUGCUGAUGAUGCACAUGGUACAGACAGCUGUGCUGGAUGGACACUACUUUCCUUGUGGCUGGUAGGGAAAGCAGACUGAGAGUAUUUUUAAAGUUUUGCAGUUUCCAGGAGGAUGGUUUCUGGCAGAGUGCACUGACAUAUAAUAUUGCAUUCUAACCUAACACACACACACAAACACACAAAAAGCCUUUAGUUCCAAUUAAGCUUUGUAAAUUUUUUUUUCACAACACUUGUGUAGCUUUUUUCUAUGACUCAUCUCAGAGACUGAAUUUGACAAGUCUAGUAGGUGUGACAAAGAAAUGUUUCUUGCAAAAUUCCAUGUGGCUAAGUUCAUAUUUUAUGAGUUGGAACCCCACCUACCAUCCUUUGGGGACUGUAAUUUUUCCUUGCAUUUCAGGAGAGUAUUUUGUGACUGGGUGAAUUAGACCCACUGGAAAGAGGAAUCUAAUUAUGAAGGGAUUUUUAUCUGGGUUUUGCCCAAGCAAAGAACUGCAGAACUGAAUCACAGGCUCAUGAAUCAUGAAAAGUUAAUAUAUAUAUAUAUUUGUCUAGGAUCUAAUCCUACAAGCCUUAACCCUCAAUCACAGAAGAGGCUUUUAGUAGGUCUGGUUAUACAGAUAGUUCUUACAGGCAUAAGGUCUUGACAAAGCUUUUUGCAUCCUUGUCAGGAUUACUUCCUUUUGCCAGAUGACUCAGAGGGAAAAAUUAUGAUUGCAGCUACUUUUAUUUUACAUUUGGGUGGCAACUACAGUCAAUCAAAAGUAUUACUUAGAAUCUAAAGCAGACACGAGUUUUGAUGUAGUGAAUUACUGUUCUUAUUUUUUAUUAAAUACUAACCUUAGAUGUUUUUGAACUGGUAGAAGAGCUGCUGGACAAAACAGUUGGAGCUACGAGUGUUUAAAGUCUGAUGUUUCUGUGAAAUUCUCAGAUUGUUUAAUCCUAUGAAAUAUAUCCUUUUUUUUUUUUUUGUAAAAGAAAAUAUUAUCCUUAUUUAUCACUAAUAUCGUAAUGAGUAAAUAAAUACUGCAAGCAAGAUAAAACUGAAAACACAAGUGUUGUGCUGUCUUUUUACUUUUAUCUCUUGGUGUUUAAUAUUAUAUAUUCCUAAAGUUCACUAGUUGUAUUUGAGACACCACUACUUAAAACACUUAUCCUUCAUCAUCUCCACAGAUGAGGUCCUGAGUAUCUUGAAUGACUGGGUACAGAGAUUAUGCCUCCCAAAAUUCUGUAUCUUGUUCAGUGGUGUCUAGCUGCUCAAUGUCACAAUUUAAAUGAAGUAGACAAUAAUAAUGGAGCUUACAGUACAUAAUAUUUUACACCAGUUAUGCAGUGUUGAAAUUGUGGUUUUAUUCUAAAGGCUAAACUUACAGAUACCUCAGCCACAAGCUUCUUACUCUACAAGUCCAUGCUGAGUGUAUCAGAUAUCAUACCUGAUCCUUAUAUGAUCUUUAUAUUCUGCAACAGAACUUCUUAGUACAUUUUCCUAAGAUCUGGAUAUAUUGUAAUGUCCUAUAUCGUGUUUAAAAGAUAUGUACUUCAUGUAUCUGAAAAGUGAAUGUAUUAAAAAGACAACACACUAGGUCUGAUUCUGUCCUGAGAAUCUGUUUUCUUUCUGUAUGUUGGAAGGAGCUGCCAUUGAUUUCAAUGAGAGUUUUUCUAAUGUCCUGUAGGCAGAGUUUGGAGCCUCUGCUGCGAUUUCACUGGCUCAGAGGGAAAGUUUCAUGGGGAGUUGGGCCAGUUGUUUGUCAGAGAACAGAUUUACAUGAAGUAUGUUAACAGUAAACUCGCCAAAUGAUUUUCAUUGGUAUUUGAUUUCUGUAUGGGAGUACAAAACUGAGGCGUCAUUGUGGUAUCAUACACCUCGGCUUUGCCUUCAGUGCAUCAAAUACCAGCAGACAAGAGUUUGCCUCCUGUACUGUUAUAAAGUGUUACCCCAGAGACUAGAAUAUGAUGACAGAAUUUGUGUCUCUCCUUUAGGGAAUUUGUAUGGUUGCUUUUAACUGUAUCACUGUUGACGCAGGCGUCAUGUUUAUGUUGCUUGAUGUUAUGUACUUAGCUUGCCAAAUGUUAAUACAGUACCACUACUAUUGUCAGAAGAUAAUCUAUUUUUAUUUCUUUAUAUGUGCAGACACAGCUGCUUUCUACUGUGUGUAUGUGUGUGUGUGCAUGCGUGCUCCUGCACGCUACUGUAGAAAUGAUGGUACUCAAGGUAAUUUGACUAUGUCCACGAAAGCGUGUUUAAGCAGCUAGACAGGAGCAGUAUGUUGCAUGAGUUUUCUAAAAGUAUACUUUAUUCAGGAGAACCUCUAAAAUGCAUUAAAAGUGGUUUGUUUUCUAUUCUCAAGUUUGUUUUGAUACUUUAAUAAAAAAUAAUUAAUAUAUAUUUA